CAACAACAUUCAAAACCAGUCAGUAGGCAAGCUCGGUAUAAUCAUAAAAGCCUUACUCCAAAAUUGAGAUUCAUGAUCAUCUAUUUCGUCAAUCCGCACAUAUUGUCUUCUCUUACCGACUUUCCUCAUGACAGCACGACCGUACUGUUUGCGCACUAACAGACUUUCACGUCCGCUUGGGAUCGAUGCGUUCCCCGUGGAAUUCAGCUGGCAGCUAGCAGCUAAUCAAGGCAUUUGUGAUGUCACGCAGUCCUCCUAUGAACUUCAAGUUUCUACAUCUCUAUCCUUCGAAUCCAACACUAUCGUUUGGGACAGCAAAAAGACGGCUGCAAGCAAAAAUCCAUCACUGACCGCCAUCUACGCGGGGAGCAGUGUGAAGAGUCGCACGAGGUAUCAUUGGCGCCUCCGCAUAUGGGAUCAACUCGACGAGCCUAGCGACGAAACUUGGGACACGGCUGAGCAAGCAUGGUUCGAAACAGGUCUGCUCCUGCCAUCGGACUGGAAAGCAUCCUGGAUUAGCGCUCCAGUGAUGACAACGACUGGAACAUCAGGAAAAGAUGAUAGAGUUAUAUACCUCUCUAGUAGCUUGCAGCUUGCGCGAGAACCAGUCCGUGGGCGAGCUUACGCAACGGCUUGUGGAUGGUAUAAGCUCUUCGUCAAUCAAAACAACGUCACUGGUACGGCGUUGGUGCCACGCUGGACACCUUUUGAUGAAUUCACUGAAUACCAGACUUACGAUAUUGCAAAAUAUCUCAGGACUGGCGAGAAUGUGAUCAGUGUCGUUAUUGCGGAUGGGCGGUUCAGAGGUCAGAUAGGCAUCACCGAAGGGCGCUGUCGAUACGGAGACCGGCUUUCUGCACUGAUACAACUCGAGGUGGAUACAGAUGAUGGGAAAACUGUCACAUUCUGUACAGACGAGACAUGGAGGCCUUUUAAAGGUUCUAUCGUUCGAUCAGACCCCGUAUGGGGCGAACAAACCGACUUUCGAAUCUCUGACGAAUGGCUGGGGAAGUGCGAUGCUCCAUCUACUAAUUUUGCCGAAAAGGUCCCAGUUUUGACGAAGAAGCUCAUCGCAGAAGAAGUCGAACGCGUCGAGGAAGUCAUGCGCUUGCCACCCAAGGCCGUACUUCAUGCCACGUCAGGGGCACAAGUAAUCGAAUUUGGUCAAAACUUUGCCGGAAUCAUGGCAAUAAAGCUCCGCGGCCGGGCAGGUUGCAAGAUCGCCAUAACAUAUAGCGAAGUCCUUUCUAGCGACGGAGAGCUUGAUGUCGACUACUUGAAGCUUCCCUUCGUUCCACAUAUCGUACAACGGGACGUUGUCACGCUUGGAGAUAAUGCAGUUGAAUUCCAGCCCUGGUUCGCCAUCCAUGGAUUUCGCUACGCCGAAGUUCAAGGUUUGGACUACAAUCUUAGUCCCUCCGACGUCCACGGAGUUGUCCUGGCUUCCAACUUCCCAACUACGGGAUCUUUCACCUGCUCAGACGCGCGCCUUAAUAAGCUCUAUGAGAACGUUGUUUGGGGCGCCCGCAGCAAUUUCACAGACACCCCAACUGACUGUCCGACUCGAGAACGAAUGGGAUGGACUGGAGAUAUCCAGGUGUUUUCUUCUACUGCAACGUUGCUAUUCGAUAGUCAGAAUUUCCUGCGUCGGUACUUGCGUUGCCUGGCUGCGGAGCAACGUGCUGACGGAACCAUCCCACCAUAUAUCCCCAGUGGUGCAUCACAGUUCAGUAGCCAGCUAUCGCUCAUGGGGAGGAUGUUCUCAGGAUCAACGGGAUGGGGCGAUGCUUCUACAAUGAUGCCUUGGGCCCUAUAUCAGCACUAUAAUGACGACGUAGUCCUCUCGCGACAGUACGACAGCAUGACAAGGUGGGUGGAUAGCUUGGCACAUCGAGCACGAGAGAAGAUGAGCUGGGGGCGAUGGCUCUGCACUAAAUUCGGUGCUGGAUGUGGGGACCUCGAGGAGUACAUCUUAGACACUGGCUUCAGCUGGGGGGAAUGGCUUCGGGCUGGAAGCGGGAUCCUCACAAUGAUCAAAGACGUCUUGUUCCCCAGCGCCGCUAUUUCCACAGCUUAUCUAGCCCACUCAGCUCGUCUGCUCUCUAACAUCGCCAAUAUUCUUGGCAAACAGGACGACGCUGAACAUUAUCUCGCACUGUCGAAAAGAACAUCGGAAGCGUGGCGCACUGCUUUUGUCCGACAACGCGGUGCCCGCAUCGCAGGAGACUACCAAGACGACUACCUCCGCGCCCUCGCCUUCAACCUCAUUGAGCCAGAGCAAAAACCAGCAGCUUUAGAGCGCCUCGUAGAACUCAUAGUGCAAGCCGGCUACCAUCUGGGAACUGGCUUCAUGAGCACCGGGCUGCUGCUCCCUGUACUUGCCGAAUACGGCAGGGCAGAUAUCGCAUACCGUAUCCUGAUGCAAGACACAGCGCCAUCGUGGCUGUAUCCUGUCCAGAAGGACGCAACGACUCUCUGGGAGACUUGGGAAGGAUAUGACGGCAAAGGGAACGCGAAGAUGUCGCAUAAUCACUAUGCGUUUGGCACUGUGGCAUCAUGGUUGCAGGAGAGCGUGGCGGGUUUGACAGCAGUUGAGCCAGGCUACAGGAAGAUCAGGAUAAAGCCCUUGAUUGGGGGCGGGUUAACGCACGCUGAGGCUUCUUUAGAGACGCCAUUGGGCUUCGCGAAGAGUGCCUGGAGUUUGGAUAAGGAGGCAGGAACAGUGAGGCUUGAGGUUGUGAUUCCGCCAUGUGCUACAGCUGAGGUGGUGUUAGCAGGUCCUACAGUUAAAACUCUGGGAUCCGGAACCUAUUUAUUCAAAUAUAAGGUAGAUUUGUAAUUGCGAUAUAACGUAUGUACUCCACAAGCGAGUGACGUACUUUUUGCCAAGAC